CCCCCUCCUCACCAAAAACACGGAAACUUCUGCUUUCGUCCAUAUGUUGGUGACAGCUUCUGCUUUUGUCCCCUCCUCCUCCUUACACUCAAUGUGGAUGCAGAGGAGGAUGCAGAAGCCCGAACCCCUCAUCCAAAAGCACUUUUAAGAAAAAGCACCCUUCGAUUGAUUUAGCUUACUUAAUUGUUGUACGCAUAUGGUUACAACUUAACGUGCUUUUCUGUUCGUCCACUCAAUCUUCACCAGCAUAAGAGAGAAAGAAAUCCCCAUCGAAAAGCACCUUUGGUUAUACAUAAGAUCCAGGCAGGAUGAACGACUUAUUUUCGAGCUCGUUCAAGAAGUACACGGACCUGAAGCAGCAGGCCUACCUCGACGACGUGGAGGCCGGCAAGGAAAGCGUUAACCUCGACAAGUUCUUCGAAGACAUUGAGAAUGUGAAGGAGGACAUGAGGCAGGUCGAGAGGCUGUACAAGCAGCUGCAAGAAUCCAAUGAGGAGAGCAAGACUGUGCACAAUGCUCAAACCAUGAAGGAGCUCCGGACCCGAAUGGACUUGGACGUCGAGCAGGUCCUCAAAAGGGUCAAAAUCAUCAAGGGGAAGCUCGAAGGUUUAGAGCGUUCGAACGCAGAGCACAGGAACCUUCCCGGGUGUGGCCCUGGAUCCUCUGCUGAUCGAACGAGGACCUCGGUGGUUAGUGGCUUGGGGAAGAAGCUAAAGGACAUGAUGGAUGACUUUCAAGGGUUGAGAGCUAGGAUGACAGCCGAGUACAAGGAAACAAUAGAACGCAGGUAUUUCACAAUCACCGGAGAGAAAGCAAGCGAGGAUACCAUCGAAACUUUGAUUUCGAGCGGAGAGAGUGAGAGUUUUCUGCAGAAGGCGAUUCAGGAGCAGGGGAGAGGUCAGAUUAUGGACACCAUAUCCGAAAUGCAGGAGAGACACGAUGCUGUGAAGGAGAUCGAGAAGAAUUUGAUCGAGCUGCAUCAGAUAUUCAUGGACAUGGCCGCCCUGGUCGAAGCCCAGGGCCAUCAGCUCAACGACAUCGAGAGCCACGUCAUGCACGCAAGUUCUUUCGUGAGACGAGGCACUGACAACCUUCAGGUAGCCAAAGAACAGCAGAAGAAAUCAAGGAAGUGGACAUGCAUUGCUAUAAUUCUUGGAAUAGUUCUCAUCAUUCUCCUCCUAAUUCCAAUUAUGUUACAAAUUUUGCCUCAUAUGAAGUAGUAAGAGGGAAAAGGGGAAGACUUUGUUCAUAGUUAGAUCUUACGGCGAGUUCAGAAGGAAAAAAAAAAAAAAGGCUAAUGAUUUUGACGCUCCUCUUUUAGCCUCCUGCACAUAUUCAUUUUGCAGUGCAUACGUCUAAAAGUAGAGCGCCACAAUCCCUAUGCUAAAAGAAAAAAACCGUUUGUUCUCGAAGGGUGCGGUUUCAAUGUCUCACACACAAAAAUUGUGACACAAAAGUAGCGAAACUUUAGAAAUGGAAUCCUCCAAGCUUUUAAAUCUCUCGGGGCAAAGGGACCUAAUUGGCAGAUGGUAAACACAUGAUGUAACCAAUUAGAGGCAUUUCUUUGUAACCAAUUUUAUCCUCAUUUUAUGAAUGACAUUGCCUUUUAAACUA